AUGUCCACGAAACUUGUCCUCGUUUUUGUAGCCUUGUUUGCCAUUCAAAGUACUUAUUCAGGUAAGAAUAAAAAAUCCGCUUUAGCAGCUCUGCUUUUGGGUCAGUCGGCUGUGUACAAGCCCAGUCAAUUUUUGGCUUACAGUUAAGAGGUUUGUUAUUUACCCAUGCUGACCAAGCGCCUCGCUUGCUUAGUUCCUCGUUGUGCUAAUUUUAGGCAAUAUUUUACGGCAUUCGAAGGCGAAUUUGUUCAGUUCACGUAAGGAUAAGCCAUUUAACCCUUUUUUGCACGGAUGUCAGUAAUUCUGUGCUGUUAAGUAAACUCUUAUCGGACACUGAUUAUGGAAGUGACACACGAAUGUCAUGGUAAGAACCCUGCCUUUUUUUUCUUUGCUCAGAGAGAUUUGUUAGAUUCAGCAGUUUCAUCUUUUCGAUCAGCGGUUCAUUAGUUAAUUCAUGUGGAUGGCUUGCUGUAUGAUCGUUAUUUCAUGCGGAUAUAUACCGUAUUUAUUCGAAUAAGCGCCCAACCUCGAAUUAGCGCCCACCUCGAAUAAGCGCCCAUCCCAAAGGCAGAAAAAGUUAAUAAGCGCCCACCCUCGAAUAAGCGCCCACCCCCUACUCCUCCCAAUCAAACUCAAAUAAGCGCUCACCCCACCCCACCCACUUGAGUGAGUAAAUUCUAAUAAGAGACAUCCCCGAGGACGGAGUCUUCUUCAGAGUAUUUUACAGAAACCUUGCUUUGUUACUUCUUCGCGUUUUGUUAUUAGCAUUUAUUGUUUUGUUAUAAAAUAAACAUGCUUCACUUACUGAAAAUGGUGAAAAUUUAAUAAGCGCCCAGCCUCGAAUAAGCGCCCACCUCGAAUAAGCGCCCACUCUCAAGGUCCAAAAAUUUAAUAAGCGCCCAGGGCGGUUAAUCGAAUAAAUACGGUAAUUAUAACUUUUCGAAUCUUUAUGACACCAAAAAAUUCCGCGAAGGCAAGUAUUUUCACUUAUUUUAACCUUAUAAACAUUUUUUGCAAAUAGUACUAUGAAAUCCUCAAUUGCCAUAAAUCGAACCUGCUUGAACUGGUGUUCAGCCAGCAAAUCGUUUCGGUCUUGCACUUCGCUACUGAAGCUUAAGAAAUGCAAAGCUUUUUGCGGAACAAGCAAAGAACAGGCAAGCAUGUGUUUCAGUGUAUUUGGCCGGAUAUAAAAAAUGAAAUCUUUCUUGCAUGACUAACCUGAGACCAGGCCCAAUUUUAGCACUUCUCAUACAUUUUCUCUCUAAAAUUGGGCCUGAUCCAAAGUCUCACAGGCUUGUGCGCAGUGCGGCCAGAUUUUGGCCGCAACGCUGAUUGGCUGUUAGAAUCGACGAAGUUGAAAGCGCUUAUUCCUCCCGUGGCUGAUAGUACUAAAAAUCUUCGUGAAUGAUCCGCCGUCAGCGGGGAGAAGGUUUUGCUGUAUUUUUUCUUUACUGUUUUACGGUCUUGUGGCAGGAAAAUAUGCUCUAAUAUGUGUCAUGGAAAUUCAGAAAAUUCAAAUGGUUGUCCAUAUCUUCUCAGGAUUUGCUUCAUUUACGGAACUAAUGUGAAUGUUGCGCGGAAAUCAUAUCCUGGCCCUUCCCACCCCAAAAACAACAACUUACGGUCUGCACUCUUUUUCAUACUUAGCUAGCAAAGUACGGAACUCUCUCCCAGACACUUACAAAACAUUAAAUUUUCUAGAAUUCAAGCAGGAGAUCCUCAGAUAUGAAGCUUUCCACAGUAGAUUUACAAGUUAUAUUUCCCUCUGCAUGCAUAACGUUGUAUAUAGCUUAUAAAUAAUAUUGGAAUUGUAAUAUAGCAUAUUAUAUUUUAUUUUAACUUAUUUUCUCGAAUAUAUUAGCUCUACAGCUACUCUGUCGGUUAAGCAUGCCGUUUUCGUAGUGUCGUUUCGUCUUUCCAAAGAGCCAGGUAAUAUUUACCUAGAUUUAUAAAAAAAUAUAUUUUUUUAGACGGUUGUUUCUGGUAUUUUAAAAUUCGCAAUUGCAAAGUGUACUCAUUGGACUAAAUUAAAUGCACUUGAGAACUCAUUUGGUUUGUUCUGAGAUAAUUUAUUUUUCCUUUGAAAAAGGUCGCGGUAUAUUUCUCCAAGAGUUUUAAAAGUUUAUGCACUGAAAAUCGAGGAAAAUUGCCGAGGAAAAUAUAAAGGCAGCAGAAACAUAGAAAUUUCACUAUUUUAAAAAUCGAUCGCGCCUAGCCAAAAUGUUAAAACUGGAACAUCGUGUCGCCGUCUUUUUGAAAACGUUUUACGGCAACAGAAGUAACCUCUAAGAUCUUUAAUCUCGUAAGAAAUUAAAUGUGAUUGUGGUGACUGUUUUAUCGUUAGUUGAAAAAAAGAUAAGAGCUAUUUUUUAAAUCAGCGAGUCUACAUUUUUCCCACGUAUGAAAAAUUUGCAUACUGAAAAAAGUAUGCAACGGAAGUACUUUUGGUUGGCUGAUUCGACAUAAGUCAAUCAAUCAAGAAAGUGGGCGGCAGACGUUUCGUAGAAGGUUUGUAUCAGGUUCUCUUUUCGUUUCGCCUUGCCCGCCGGAAUGUUAUUUUCAAAGCGAAACGAAAAUAGAACCUGAUCUCAGGUUAUGCAUGACCGACUCGGUAACCCGUUAUUACAUUUGGCAAUUUUAUACCAGCCUUCUGAUAUUUAGUACCAGCUUAGUAAUUGCGCCGUUAAAAUUUAAAACCCGAAGCUCAGUGAUAUUACAAUUAGGGAGUUUAAGGCUUGGGGCAAACGUCGAAUCUUAGUCGAAUUCUUUGAACCCCAUUAAUUUUGAAAUAGGCGCAUGAAUGGUGCGACUCUAGCACAAGUUCCGCUUGCCAAGUCGGAUAAUGCGACGGUAACACGCGCUUAACUCCCUGCCUGAUCAAUUCAUGAAGCAUGUAAAUAAUUGAUUCACAUGUGAUGGACUGCGCAAACGUCACAAGAAUAUCAAGAACAUCUGCCAAACGCUAUCCCCCCCGAUGAACAUGCGCUGUAUAAACUAAGACAAUUUCGCGACCGGUGAUGGCAAGCUAUCAAAAGUCGUGGCUGACAUGGCACAGCGCGAUGGAAAUGUUUUUUUUUCGUGUUUCAUGAUACAAAUGAUAAAUAUAAAUGCUUGAGAUGCGAAUUGCCUAUUCGCAAUAAAUGCUCAGUGUUUGAAGACACCUCGAGCUGUCGUCUCUGAUACACUGUUCUCAGAGCUGUAUGUAACGCGAGUCUUCUCUUUCUGUUUUUCGCAAUUAAUUGCCAAAGAAAUGCCCAACGAGCACUGUGUUUCGGCAUUUCGCUAGCAAGUCCUAGUUGUAACUAGCCGCGCAUCAAGUCAAUAGCAAGGGGACACGUGCUUAUUCCCGUGUUUUAAUGAAAUAGGAUCGACGCAGGUUCGACGUUUGUUACCACGCUAGAAUUAAGUCGACUCUUUGUCGAACCUAUUUUUAAUUUAUUCGACGCGACUAAGAUUCGACGUUUACCCCAGGCCUAAAUCGCGUCGAAUAAAUUAAAAAUAAUUAUGUUCGUCAAGGGGUCGACUUAAUUCCAGCGUGGUAACAAACGUCGAACCUGCGUCAAACCCUUUUCACAAGUUGCACUUCAUUAAAACACGGGAAUAAGCACGUGUUCCCGUGCUAUUAACUCGAUCGAACUCGAUGCGCGGCUUGUUACUGCUGGGACUUGCUAGCAAAAAGCCGAAAUAUAGUGCUCGUCGGUCUUUCUUUGGAAAUUAAUUAAGAAAAAUAGAAAGAGAAGACUUGUAUUACAUAGAGCUCGAGAACAGGGUAUCAGAGACGACAGCUAUCGCUCCAAGUGGCAUGCUUGAUCGUGCUUUCGUUAGCGAACAACAAUGGGGCAGCGGUCUUGAGUCGGUCUUGCUGUCGCUUCCAACGCGAUAUUGGUUGGUUUACCAACGCAGGCGCGUAGCUGGAAUUUGAGAAGGGGUGUUCGUGCUGAUACGAAUAUUCCUUAAUAGUGGGAAAUACUGCGAGCGCCAAAGGCGCGAACCUCUAGGGGUUUCUUGGGGCAAAUUGCUCCCCCAGAAAAGAUUAAAAACUAGAAACCUGGAAAUGCUAUUUUCAGUAGUCUCCACAUGAAUAUUUCAAACUCGAUCAAGUCUGAAAUAACAGGUAUUUUUAGUCAUAACAACAAUAUUUCCGUUUGACUUGGAACAUUCAUACAUAGUGAUACAUACCAGCUAGGUACCCGUAAAAUGAUCGAUGUUUAAUACAACACAACAGUACACACGCCUAAACGCACGCCUUUGUAAUCUAACAUUACGAAUUUUAGCCUAAAAGUUAUAAAAGUUGCCUACUUAGUCAAUUACCUUUGGGAAGGUGCUCAAACUCCUAACAAUUUUUAUUUGUGCCCAUAUAAGACUUUCCAGAUACUGUUAGCGUUUUCUUUCAGGGGUAUUUUAAACACUGAUUUGGCAUCACGUCUUGGCAGUCGUUCAGACCAAGGUGCACAUAACAAGGUUAUUUUGCACGUUUUUAAUCUGAUAACUAAAAAGUGAAAAUAUGCACGGCGAGAAACAUGUGUCUCUGGGGGACGGUAGGUUUGACCUACUCCGCACAGUCUUAAGCAGAGAUAGAGAGUUAUCUUAGGUUUAAACACUUAAUUCGUCUCAUCUCACUGUUCCACUCUGUUUUUAUCUGCUCAAUUAUUUAAUUUCUAAGGCCAACUAAAAACCCGUGAACAUGACUCGUAUGUGCACGUGACAAUGAUUUUGAAAACAUUUUAAAAUGACAUUGUAGAAAACCUUUUUUGCAGUUGUUGUGUUAGAAUUUGACGACAGUUGUUACGUAGAUGCGAAACAAUAUAGCUUAGCCUGGUUUUCAACUCGUAAUUCCACACUAAAUAUAUGCUUCGUUAACCAAUCAGAAUUACUCAAUUAUACCAUUCUACAUGAAAUACAGGCUUGGACGGAUCAUUAGAAAAGUUAUGGAGGGGGUGAGGAAUUUUCGGGCCGCAUGAAUGUUUUUCGUUGAAAUUCCCCUUGCAUAAUUUCUUUGAGCUAGUGCGGGAAUGUUUUUUAGGGGUACUCGGCGCGUAUAAAAGAUUUUCUCUUGCGCGAUGAUAUAUUGUUUUUUACUUUGGUCCCUAACCUCUGUUUCCUGCAUGGGUCGUAAUUGGUGCGCAAGAUUUCUGUUGUGUCAAAGGGCAAAAAGCCUUCCAUUUUUGAAUUUAUUCCACUGUGUGCAAACGAUAUAAAUUCUAAUGAUAAUACCAGACAGCAUCAGUUACUGACCUCAAUUUCCAAUGUUUUUAUACACUUUUCUGCAGCACCAAUCAGCCAAGGCAGUAUCAGCUUUAAAUGGUGUGUAACGCUGGCCGCAGAGAUGACCAAAUGUCAGAGUUUCAUCCAUCAUGUGACCAAAACAGCAUUAGGUUUGCAAUUAAAAGUGACUGUCGGUUGUGUCAAUGGAAGUUCAUAUGAAGAUUGCAUGGCUAAAAUAAAAGCUAGAGAGGCUGACCUAGUCACACUGGAUGCUGAGCACUUGUAUGCAGCAGGUACGUUGAUUCAUACUAUGUAAAUUUGUAGUUAUUUCGAUUAGCUGUACGGUAUUGCUUCUAAUAAUAUCCUAAUGAGAACAAAUGAAAAAAAAAUUCACGAUUCAGCUAAUUCUAACGUUAACUGAUGGCAACCCUUGAUAUACUGGAACAGGGAAGGUUUUUCAUUUUUUCUUAUCCCAUUCCUCAUUCACUCUAUUUAUUAUUUUUAUUGUGAUUUCUUUGUCCGUAGACCGGUUUAUUUUCUAAUAUAUACCAGGUGACCUCCCGUUGCCUUAGGUAUCCAUCACCUUUCUUAUAAUUCUUGUUGUUCCCAUUAAACAAUUGCAAGCUUUCGCUCUACUGCAAACUCCCGUCAAGUCCUACUUUCUUUAGAUACAGAAAAACCUUUUGUUGGCAUUCAGAGGGCGCUAGUGACGAUGGGUACCAGCUCGACUUUUUUUUAAAGUUCCACAGACCGGUUUGUCUCCUUUUUCUAUUUGUUAGUACUUUGUCCGUUUCUUCUUGUUCUUCGAUCUUCUAUCUUCCAUGGUCAAAUGAGCAUGCUAUAAUUCUAUUAAUGUACAUCUCUUUUCCUUCUUGUUUUCAUCUACGGUUUCUGGUCUGCUGUAUUCUAUUUUAAUUUUAUGGUCAGUUUGAUUAGGAAAACCCCAUAGCAACUAGAUUUAGUCAACAAAUAGAAAGAAGAAGCGUAUUCACUUGAGUGGAAAUUGUCAUCGUUUGUUUCCUUCGCCCACAGUAGGUAAAGACCACAAACUCGUCCCCAUUGUUUCUGAGCAACAUGAAGAAAAGAACUACUUAGUUGCUAUCGUGAAAAGGAACAAUAAAGGAUUCAACCUAAACAGUCUCCGUGGGAAAAAGUCCUGUCAUGCCACAGCUCGGGAAAUAUUAGGAUGGAACAUUCCCAUAGGGUAUCUGAAGCGCCGAGACAUACCUGCUCUGAGGUGUAAGACAGGUUUCCAAGACUUCGAUUAUGCAGCUUCUUUUUACAGUCAGAGCUGUGUCCCAGGUGAGAUCCUCUUUAAUAUGGACUACUAAUCGUAAACUAGACGAACCUUUGCCAGUGGAUCCCGGGUUGACUACCAUACAAACGAGAAGGGGAUGACAGGCGUCUCGCUUGGGGGGAGAGUAAAUUACAGAUUUUGGUCUCACUUAGUGUUGUCAGGGGGUUAAAUGCGAAUAUCGCGUACAAAAUGUACACUUAUAACUGUGUGUAAUGGGUAUGAGAGACUCACAGUUUUGAAAAUGUUUUCGCGAUUAUUCUGCUUUGAGCAAGUGAAGGCUUUGAAAAAAUUCUCGGAGAAACCGUAUGCAAGUAGGGUAAAGAAGAAAUUAAAGAAGCCGCCGGAGACGGACGAAAAGUAGCAUUUGGAACUUAAAAAAUAACUAAUAACCUGGCACAAAUCCUCGAACAGUCAAGCGGUUCGAAGGCAAGUAUGUCAUCUUUUCUUCUCUCUUCUGCUAUUCAUCGUAGAAAACGAAUAGAUUCCAUAUUUUCGCGGGUCCUUUCAGUAAUAGGUCAACGAAGACGUCAAAAUGUGAUAAAUGUGGUAAAAACAUCAGUGACACACUAGCCUGUGGCUCAGCUCGUUGACGUCAUCUGUCAUGAUCAUUAGAGAGAUUAGUUAAGGAUCGCGUUUACAGCAAACGGCAAUCUACAUUGGUCACGUGGUACAAAUUCACGUUUGCCGUUUGCCUUAAACGCGAUGCUUAAUCUAUCUAUUAACUAAAUAGAUGAACGGCAACAUGCAAGAUAUUUUUAUUAAAUGGAGUUUUCAUACGUUAAAUGAAUGAAUGAAUGAAUGAAACACUUCUAUUUCAAAUGGUAUUUUCGAUCAGUUAAAAACUCAGUUCUUUACAUUUACGUAUUCAAAUACUCUAUAUGUAAAGGUCUAUAAGAGAGAAAAAUAAACGAAAUGUGUUUGUAAUUACCAAUCAUUUUUGUCCACUUUAAUUUUGAAUUCUUGCAUUGAAACGAUCCUAAAAUAUACACUCGAUUUACUUUGAGCCCCCAACGAAGGUUUUUUUAAAUUUUAAUUUUUAAAUCUCGGUUGGCUAUUGUUUUGUAAAGGAAUACCUUUUUGUUCUUUUAGGGGUGAAAUCAUACAUCCCAUCGGGCAAAGUUUCCGACAAGCUUUGCGCACUCUGCAAUGGCACAGGAGCUGACAAGUGCUCAGAAGACGCCAAUAAAAACAGGUACGCUGGCUACCGUGGGGCAUUUAUAUUAUGUGCAUGGCAGAAGGCAAGGGCGACGUAGCGUUUGCUGUACACACAACUGUCUUUGACGUGGUCGUUAAUGGACAACAUGGUGGGGUGACGGACUAUCAAUACCUAUGCAAAGACGGAAAAAGACGAGGUAGAUAUUGUGUGAAAUAUUAGCACCUUCCCAGUAAAAAAUACAAGCCAGCAAAAGCCAAUGACUCAAAAACCGUUCUAAGCUUUUAUGACGGUCAAAAGAAUUGUUAUUAGUAUCAUUGUUAUUAUUCUAUUACAGAAAAAGUGUAAAUCGACUGAUAUACUAAAACGUAGAAGAUUCCUUAAUUUCAGGUGUCGGCUAACGAGAGCUUAAAAACAAAGCUAAAAUCUAUUUUUUUAAGCCCUGAAAGUGUCUUCGGCCGCCCAAGGGAAUUCUCUGCUUACGGGAUUUGAAAAAUACAGAGUUUGUAUGUGCGUUUAACGGGGUUUUGUUAUGGUGGCCGUAAGUAGAGCUGUCCGCCUUUAAAAGAGUAUCCAGUGUAUGUUGAUUUAAACAUGUUGGACUAGCUGUCCCCCCCCCCCCCGCGCGCUCCCUUAUGUUCAACUCAAGGGUGUCCAGAGAAAAGACUACACUGCACCUUUAUGGUCAUUUUCCACCUACCGGUAUUUAUAUUUCAUGUUGUAAUUGUAAUUAUUAUUCAUUCAAAAUAUUUCUCCGUUUCUGAUUGGCUAAAAGCAAACGCACAAUUAAUCAUAAACAGCUACUUUUGACCAAAUUUGGAAGAACUUUGUCAUAUUGAACCGAUGACGUCAAAAGUGCAGCUAAAGUGAUUGAACUGUUAACCGAGAAUAUUUGGAGACGAGGUUCCGUUGUUUUGGUAGUGAGAACAAAAUGGCUGAACAGUCGGCGAAACAUUUUACUCGUUUGACGGCGAAAUAUUGUCUAAAAUCAUAGCAAGAAUAGCAAGAAGGCAACUUGACGGACGAAAUGUGCUAUUUGGAGUAUAAAUUGUAGACCUGAACAGACCUGUAUCUCCUAAUUUCUCGAUAAAGAUGCACUGUCGAUAUAGGCGAAUCUUUGGUUACCCUUUCUGCCUCAUUAACAUAUGCUCAUCAUUAUCUGAUGAAGCGAAUAAAAUAAAACACCUGAAUAUUGAAAGAGCAUAGCAAUUUCAGUUAUCUCUGAAAAUUGAGCCCGAUAUACCAAAUGCUUUCGGAGAAAUUCUCUUCUAAAAACUCGAAAUUUUACAAAGAAUGUAUGGCUCAUUAACUUUUUUGCCACCCAGCAAUUUCGCAGUUUUAGAUGGCUCAUAUUUCCUUCAAUAUUGCUUUUAAUAAGCUGAAAAUUGCACAAAUUGUUUACGUUAAUCAGCUCUUUCAAUUUUUGAAUUUAGUUCGUAUAUACGGCCACGGAUUCUUUGAGUUAAGUCGUAUGCUAAUGAGGAAAAAUGUAAACAAUGACGUCAGCAAAGAUUCGCCCAUAAACUUUUGGGUGAAAAACGGUCGCUCGCAUCAAACAGUGCCCAUUAGGUCUGAAAUCCAGUCAGAACGCAAAGAAAAACAAGAAGACGCUAAAGGUAAGCUUCAAAGCGAUAUUCAACGCACAUUUUGCUAAUUUAGUGAGCAAAGAAUAUUUCUCAUACAACGUCUUAUGAUUUUCUUGCUGUGAAUAAAUCGAUGGAAAAAAACGAGGAUCCGUAAUUUACAGUACGGACCGAAAAAACGAGGUUAACAAGAUGUUUAUUAUAUUGCUUCUUCCUGUUUGGGGGACCGGAAACAAGUGCAGGCCGCACGAUUUGACAGUCAUUUGCAUAGGCGUACGGGAAAUUUUUUGCCGGGGGGCGGGGGCGGUAAACCAUUUGCCCAAAAAAUUCUCGCAAGUGUCCCAAAUUUUUACAAAAGAGUCGAAAAGAAACGAGGGCCAUAUUGCACCAACAUAGGCCGUACUGGCGUAUGAAGGUGGCUCGAUACAGUUUUUCAGGGUCAAUACCAGGUUUGAGCAUGAACUACGUCGCCAUAAACAAACAUUAGGAAAAAUUGCCCCCAUAGUAAAUGAAAAUUUGUCAUGAUCAGGGUUGCAAUGACAUCAGAGUUGUCAUAGCAUCGAAAUCACGUCACUACUUAUUUUACUUCAGCAAAUUUAAAAAUUCUCGACACUGGCAAUCUUACAAAAUCGUUCACAGGAGCUUUUUUCGCCAAUACGGUCUUCUCGAUGUUGGCAAAGUUUAAGCAAAAUCUGUAAGAGCUUUAUCGAGAUAGUUUGGGAUGAAGUUUUUACCGUUAGAAAUACGGUAAGAAAAGGAAAAUCGUGAGAUUGGCCGUUAUCUGUAGAAAACGAAGCGCUUUUGACAUGCAAUUUCACCUCAUAGUAGUUUUAAUCUUUUUAAAAACGUGUGUAAAAGAUCGUGGAGAUAGCUCUGCCCGAUUGCUAGAAAGAAGGAUUUGAUUAGUAUGUAUCGCGGCGCUCUUGUUAGCGGUUUUGUAAACAUUUCGAUCUACUUUAACAAAUUAGCGAAUAAUUUUAAACCACUCGAUAGAUUUUUUAAAAGAAUUAAGAUUCUUCUCGUAAUUCAAACUAAGAUCAGCCACUCCUUCGUUUUCAGACCCACCCUAUUCUUCGAGUGGAGAUGAUUCUAGAAAGUUAUGCGAAAGUUUAUUCUAAUCAAUUCACCACUGGAUAGCCCAUUCCAGCUAGCGCAGUGCAGUACGGUGCCCAACAAUAACAAAAAAAUAAAUAUGUAAAUUACUCAUCACCUGUUAGGCGAUUACUGUCUCGUGUGAGUGUAACUGGAUUAUUACGCCGACUUCAGGUUAAUAUUCAGGUCUUCAAAAUAAUUCAAUAAACAUGGAGACGUCUUUAAAAACAGGCUUUGCCCAAAUUUUCUCUUGCUGCCCAAAAAAUCUGAGCUGCCCAAAAUUUGGGGGGGGGGCUGCAGCCCCCCUCGCCCCCCCCGGCCCGUACGCCUGUGGUAAUUUGACAGGCGUCAAAAAAGAAAAUUUUUGGUGGCGCACGAAAACAAUAGAACAGAACAAAGGGUUUCCGAGAAAGUAAAAACAAAUUCGCCAUGUUGAAAAGUUUAUUCGGUCAAAACUAAGAGCACUGUAAGUUUUAGCUCUUUAAAUUAAGGCUGGAGUAUUUACGAAACCGGACACUUCUGUCUAGAAGUCGUUUCCAUCUUUCCUCCGUUUGUCUUUGUUAAAAAAAAACACUGCAAAAGGCAAAGAAGCUUUUCAAAGUAAGUUUGUUGUCAUUGUCGAAGGACUCGCUCGUUAAUUGUUUUUGGGAAAACCUCUCUUUCUGCCAGUUCAUUCUCGUCUGCAACUGUGAUCUGCGUAAAAAAUUUUCAAUCACUGAUUAGAAUUCUCUUCCUCGCUAAGGUUACGGCUUCUUUCUCAUUAAAGGCAAAGGCAAAGGCACAGGCAAAGGCAAAGUCAACAUUCCAGUCCUCAGGGUUUACAGACAUAGUAAAGUUUAUUCGGUCAAAACUAAGAGCACUGUAAGUAUUCACUCGUUAAGGUGACGCUGGAGUCUUUUGAAAACUGGACAUUGUGUCAGGCUCGAACUCGCUUCUAUCUUUCUUUCGUUGGUCUUUGAAAAAACACUGCAAAUGGCAAAGAAGCUUGUCAAGAUGAUCGGGUGCAGGUAUGUUUGUUAUCAUAUUUGUCGAAGAAAUUACUCAUUUUCUCUUAGGCAAAACAUCUCGAAUCUCUGCCAGUCUAUUUUCAUCUUCUUAACUGUGUACUACGAUAAAAUUUUCAAACACUGACUAGAACCCUCUUCGAUAAGAUUAGGAGUUAGUUUCUUCACCGCCUUCGUUCACAAAUAAACCGUAGUUACUAAAACAAGGAAUGACCUACAAUGACCUACAAUGACCUACAAUGAUCUACAAUGACCUAAAAUGACCUACAAUGAGCUACUAUGACCGAACGUGUAAUCCCUGUAAUGAACUAAAAUGAAGAUUUUAGAAAAAGGCCAAAAAAAAAGAUCAGGGGACGUGUGUCGUAGUUACUAAAACAAGGAAUAACCUACAAUGACCUACAAUGGCCUACAAUGACCUACAAUGAUCUACGAUGAGCCACUACGAGCUACAAUGAGCUGUUACGAGCUAAAAUGAGUUAAAAUAAGCCCUACAAUGAGCUACAAAAUGACAGACAAUGAUGUUUGUCGUGUGUCACGGUUGGACGUGACACUAGGCUCAUGGUAUUAAAUUGCCAAGCACAUUUUGAAAACGCAAAACAAAAAUUGUACCUGAUCUCAGGUAACUUGAGAAACUUGAAAAUAGAUUAUUAAAAUCGCGUUUUUACCGGUAUAGCACUAUUAUACCCUGUAUUGACGGAAGUCAUGCAGGCACUUCCUCAUUUGGCCUAGAUGGGUAUGGGCCGCUGAGCAGGAUAUGGAUUUUACUAUUUAGCGUUACAAACAGAGCAUCCCGUUGGACCGGAAGCCAUUUAAAGGGUCUUAUGAUGUCUUAUACAGACCAGGGUACUUAAAAAAAAUGAACAUUUUUCUUUUGAACAGGAUCAGAAUUUGAAGGCCUCCUUUGUUCACCUCUACCCUUACGUCCCUUGAAGAUCCCCCCAGAUCGACUGUUGGGGUGACUGUGUUUGUUCAAUUUUCUUUGAAAAAAAGACAAGACAAAAUAAAACUAAUGCGAAAGGUUGCAAGGGAUGGUUUGGACAAAAGUCACAGUAUCAUCAUACAUGUAUUAUUACACUGUAAAUUUAUCUCCAAGCGUAAUAAUUAGAGAUGCUGUCAUCGUUAAAUGGGCUGUCAUGCAGUAGACUAAACGCGUUACGUUUACGCACACGUCCCCUGAUCUUUUUUUUUUUGUCUUUUCUAAAAUCUUCAUUUUAGCUCAUUACAAGGAUUACACGUUCGGUCAUAGUAGCUCAUUGUAGGUCAUUGUAGAUCAUUGUAGGUCAUUGUAGGUCAUUGUAGAUCAUUGUAGAUCAUUGUAGGUCAUUGUAGGUCAUUGUAGAUCAUUGUAGGUCAUUGUAGGUCAUUGUAGAUCAUUGUAGAUCAUUGUAGGUCAUUGUAGGUCAUUGUAGAUCAUUGUAGAUCAUUGUAGAUCAUUGUAGGUCAUUGUAGGUCAUUGUAGAUCAUUGUAGGUCAUUGUAGCUCAUAGUAGCUCAUUGUAGAUCAUUGUAGGUCAUUGUAGAUCAUUGUAGGACAUUGUAGGUCAUUCCUUGUUUUAGUAACUACGACAAAUAAACACAGUUUAAAAUGUUGAAGGCCAAACUCAACAUCCAAGUCCUCAAGGUUGACAGGCGUCUUAUAACUUUAUUUAAACCUUUUUUCUGAGGAAAAGAGAUUUAGAGCUCCGAAUUGUGCAUUUUCUUUAAAAAUCUUGGUCGGUAUAGCAAGUUACGGACCGUAAAUUGACCAAUCGCAUGGCGAAAACACAUUCAUGUGAAUUUUGAGGGAAAGGGUAAGUAAUUUUGGAGAAAAAGAAUCUGCAAACAGUUCAAGGGUUAAACAAAUUUUACAUCGAGUUAAUAUUCUUAAUGUACAAAUAGCAGUCAUCUUCGAUUACAGAAUUCGAAGAUUAGGCCUGGAAAAUAAAUUCUUCCUAAACAAAAUAACCCAGUCGCCCACCUAAGACCACUUUUAUUUUACGCUUUGGCUAUAUGACCGGUAACCGGUCAAGGUUUUUAAAACACUAAAUGGUCGGCAGUCCUAUAUUAUCAGUAAAUUUCAUAUAAUCGAAAGAUUCUAGCUAAUCUAAACUAUCAUAUGUCGAUUAAGACAAGUCUACUGUUUGGUUUACGCUGGGCUUCGAAGACGAAACAGUGACGAAACCGUGUUUUGUGACACUUACAACUUUUUUAAAACACUAAAUGGCCGGCAUAUUCUCAGUAAAUUUCACAAAUCGAAAAAAUUCAGCCGUUCUGAACUAUCGUAAGUCGUGAUCCUGAUCAAAGUCUCCGUAGAGACUUUGAUCAGGAUCACGACUUAUGAUAGUUCAGAACGGCUGAAUUUUUUCGAUUUGUGAAAUUUACUGAGAAUAUGGGACUGCCGGCCAUUUAGUGUUUUUGAAAACCUUGACCGGCAGUCGAGCUGAAAAAAGUUGUGUCACAAAACACGGUUUCGUCUUCUGAGCUCAGCGUAAACCAAACGCUAGACUUGAGAUCUAUAAAGCAUUUCAGGAUCGCUUGACCUGUCUUAAUCGACAUAUGAUAGUUUAGAUUAGUUAGAAACUUUCGAUUUUGUGAAAUUUACUGAGAAUAUAGGACUGCCGGCCAUUUAGUGUUUUGAAAACCUUGACCGGUUACCGGCCAUAUAGCCACAGCGUUUUAUUUUUCAUACAUCACAUCUGAGAUACACAGUACUAUGAGGUGCUGUUUUUUUAUACAGAUCUCGGACAGAUUUUGCUCUUUUUUGCCCUAUUUAAACCUAUAAUUCUGCAGUUUUCCACAAUUUUGCAAGACAAAUACCGGCUGCACUCAUUCAAUAUUCAGGGCGAUCGAAACACGCACUUCCUUUGCACAACAAAUUAUAUUAUAAAACGUUUUCAUGAAGACUGUUCAGUCAGAACAAUCUGCUUCUAUGUGGUAUGAAGGGAAAAAGUUUCCAAAAUCAUCUUUACAGCCAGCCGGUUCUCACUUUUGAUAAGCGCGAGCUGCUGAGUGUGAAUGAUUAAACAUUAAUAGGGUUACGCUCCAACAUAAUGUUGUAAUGUUAUGUUUAUUUCUUAUUUACGGUUCUUUAAAAGCGUUUGCGAUGUUCACGUACGGCCAAAAACAAACGGCACAGCCAUUAAAAUUGCGAAAGAGACUACUAACAAUCAAUAAAAGAAAUAUAAUUCAGUGAAACAUUUACAGAGACAACAAUUUUCGUUGACGAAAGACAAGCACUGGGAGUAAAGUGUCUCUGAAAAUCCUGAGUUUUAAAGCAUAUAAGUUUAAAAUCUUGCAGAUUUAAGCUUAUGUUUUCAGGGGCACCCAACGAGCAUAUGGUUCAAAACCACUUAAACAUAGCAUUGUUGAACGUAUUUUAGUAUUUAAACGGUAGAUAUAAGCAUAUUUUUAUCCCCUAAAAAUAUUUCAUCUGUUCGGAUUUCCUAGCCGAAAGUCUAGUAAUCCGAAAAUUAUAGGGAUCAAAACUUACCUUUUGGAAAAUUUCAGCCAGAAAAAAGGCUCUCGAAAAUUCUAGGUGACCUUUUUAGGGUAAAAAUCCGUUAAGAAUGGGCAAUUAUACCAUUUUUGGGGGGUUCGAAAAUCCAAGGAGAGACGGGCAAGCACGAAAUUUUACAACAAAUGUUGCGAAAAUUCUAGAUCUCAAAUCGUCUUCCGAACAGAUUUUUUCCAAAAAUUGUCGUUGGGUGCCGCUGUGUUUUAACCCGGCUUUCCUGUAUUUGUUUUUUUUUAAAGAUGAACGCGAGGCAAGAAAAUCACUCAAAGCUUUCAAAAUUAAAACUAAAUAUUCUUCGGGACGUUUUCUUUCUAUUUGCGGUCAGAAAAUGUCUAAAGGCUUUUUAAAGUUCUGUGAUCUUAUAUCAAAGCUGGUCAAAUCAUACAAACGUGCAUAAACCCACAUAAACUACGCUCGACUUCAUGAAAUAAUAAUUAAAAAAAACAUCAAAUACCAGUCGAGAUGCAAGCCCUGAAUGCUAUCAAAUAAGGCUAGGAUCGCUUGAGACUUUUCAACUCUCUUACGCUUCAAGCAAGGUGAAGCAAGCUCAUUUUUGAAAACGAUGCUUCCGAAAUCGGAUUUCCGAAAAGCGGCCCCUUUUUGAACGAAAAACCCAAUAAACUAACCAGCAAAAACAACAAAAUAUUCUUGGUAACAACUGUGUUUCACAAGGGCGGAUCCAGGAUUUUUUUUAGGAGGGGGUGCACUCGUCUCUUGCUCUACUUUAACACCAAUAAACCACAUAGUUUUUUUUUUCAGAAUACCAGUUGUAUCAGAAAACCGCAGGUCAUCUCGGGGGGGGGGUGUGCGCACCCCCUGCACCCUCCCCCUAGAUCCGCCCCCGUUUCAUUUUGUAUAUCCAGUCGAAAAAGGCAGUGAAAAAAACACCACAGUAUGACACAAAACUCUGUCAGCUUCAGCAAUCAGUAAACAAGUUUGCAGAUGCUGUAUAAAUUUACCGCAAGAACUCACCUGUCAGAGCAUAGUAUAUAUAGAUUUAGCUAGAGCUAAAAGCGAAGCUCUGGUUAGUGUAAUAUAUAUAGUUUACUCAUAUAAAAUAGAAAAUCGUGUAAUGCUAAAACAACUUUGCACGUGCGGCACACUUUUCUUGUACAUUUCUUUACCGUUGUUUUGCACGACUACAAGGAGAAACUCCAUUAACUUCCUAGUUACACGUUUUAGGUGUUCCUGUUCACUUUUUUUUUUCGCUGCCGCUUAUUUUCACCUUGGUGGCCGGUUGGUGGCCAACUUUUUUCUUCCAACGAAAUUGGUCUCCUUUGUUUUUUUCUCUCUCGCUCUAGCUCUUUCUCUUUUAUGCAAGUCAAUGUAGACAUUAAAAUUAAGUGGAAAGAAAGAAUCGGCUUUGUUGUUGUUUUUAUCUCUAAAAGUCCUGGAAGCUAUGCGAUUUACCGCCGAAACGCACGGGUGCUUGAAAUGCAAAAUUUCAUGCCGGCUUACAUGAAGGGGUGGAGGUACGUCAUUUCCUCAUAGCCAAAAUUUCUUGGAUGCAGAGAUUACCAAAUUUUUUUACCCAUGGUGCUCCGCUGCGGGCGCUUCGAUGCGAGCAGCGAUAUAAGAGAAGUAUGAUUCUUCACAUCAUACUCAGGCUCAUUCAAUAAUUGUUGAGCUAUUUUGAAAAAAUAGCUCAUAUGUCAGUGGUGUGAGCGUAUGUAUCUUUGUGGCUUUGUAUCUUUGUAACUUUGUAUCUUUGUAUCUUUGUAUCUUUGUAACUUUGUAUGUUCGGAUGUUUGUUGCAAGAGCCAAUAAGGUUGAAGGUACUAUUAGUUGAUGCUUAGGAACCAAUGAGAUCUUAGCAUCUACUUAAACAUGACAUUGGUAAAGGUCGAACAAGGGCACUUUGAGACCGCCAGCUUUAUUCUUCACAAUUUUUCGUCUUUUAUUACGGCUAGAGGUGUUUGGAAGAAUUACAUUAAAUAUCUUCAUGAUUCAAACGCUGUGUACAAUGAUGCAGCUGUUUAAGGGUUCAUAUUUUAGAAUGGAUGCUGCUUCAAGGCAUUUCUGACCUAAUUCGGCUAUCAGUACAACGCACGUCAGUAUGAGUUCUGUUUCACCUGCUACAACUGGGUAGAGUAUAAAAGAUCAUAUAUUUUCAAAGCUCUUCCAAUGAAGCAAUAAUUGAUAUUUAGAUAUAGACUUUAAUUCGAAAGUAUGCGCCCUAUAAAAUGUGGUUUUAGAAGUUUAAAAAGGCAGCUUAUUUUUGUGAAAGCUGUACCGAGUAUUGUUAAUCCUGUAAACAAGCUUUAACAGACCUUUUUCGUUCUGGCAAAACAAAAAAAAAGAAUAAUAAGUGAACAACAUGAUACAUCCUUCCUGCAUACUAAGUAUUAUAGUUUCUGAAACGUAUUUUAUUUAGUAAAGACGCGUAACUUAACUAAAAACAGUAGCGUUAGGGAAUAAAAUUGGAAGAAGCUAGUUGACACAAUAAUUAGAUACUGUUGUAUUGAGUGGAGUAACAUGAUACAAGUAGAAAUAUAUUUCGGCAGUUUGAUAAUUGUCUUGGAAGUUAAUAAAUGUUAGGCUAUCAACCUUGACGUUGCAUGAAACAUAAUUUAAUUGCAGAUGUUGUAAUAAAGCCGAGGUGAUUUCUGAAAAUCGCUUGAGAAAAUUUUGUAGUGAAACAGUUUGCCUUUUUUUUUACGUACGAAUUGUAAAA